AUGUCCUUUCGUAAGCGCAAUGUAGGCCUCUCAGGCUCUGCGAGAUCCGAAGGCCCCGCGCAAACCAACAGUAAAGACCGAAUUCAACUGCCUGGCGUGCGGCCUUCACCAGUGGACGGACGGCCAACAACCUCUACGGGCACCGCCAGCCUCGACGCCCUCCUCGCAGGACAUUCCGGGCUCGUCCUCGGCAGCACCAUCUUGAUCGAAGAGAGUGGGACGACGGACUUCGCGGGCGCGCUGCUCAGAUUCUACGCAGCAGAGGGACUCCUCCAGGGCCAUCACGUCCACGUCCUUGCGCUACCGGAGCAAUGGGGUCGAGAACUUCCAGGCGUCUUCGGUGAAAGCGAGAAGAAAGAGACAACACCUGCUGAAACAGAGAGGAUGAAGAUUGCGUGGAGAUACGAGAGCCUGGGACAAUUCGGCGCAGGCGCAACAACUGCAAGAGAACGCCCGCAGCCGACAGUUGGACAACCAGGUCCGAACGGAGGAGCAGCCCAGGGACCGCCGAUAGCGUUUUGCCAUACGUUCGACCUGACGAAGCGACUCGUUCAUCCGGCCGGGUCCCAAAUGGAUUUCAUUCAGCUAGAAAUGAAUCCAACGCAUUCGCCCUUCGCAUCCACUCUUGAACGGCUGCAUGCUUCUGUUGCGAACUCCACACCGGAUACAGUUCACCGCAUCGUCAUCCCAUCACUGCUUUCCCCGGCGCUUUAUCCCCCUUGGUCGAGUCAACCGCAGAAUAUCCUCCAGUUCCUGCAGAGUCUUCGUGCACUGUUCGCUGCAUAUUCCAAUCGACUGACUGCACUCAUGUCACUUCCACUAUCGUUGUACCCGCGAUCUUCUGGGCUGGUUCGGUGGGUCGAACUGCUGAAUGACGGCGUUCUCGAACUAUCCCCAUUUCCACAUUCGGCGGAGGGAGACACGACCCCUUCUCGCGGUCCUUCCGGUGCAGUUGAAGAGCCCCCUCAGGGGUUGUUGCAAGUGCAUCGCCUCCCAAUGCUCCAUGACCGUGGUAGCGGCGUCGGCACGUCUGAGACCGACUGGACCUUCACCCUGAGCCGGAGAAAGUUCACAAUCAAGCCGUUUAAUCUGCCACCUGUCGAGGGCGACACAGGUGCUCAGCAGGCCGCCGGCCAGGAACAAAAGGGGAAGAAGGCUGACAUGGAAUUCUAA